GUUGGCGGGUGAGAGGUUUUUUCGCUCUAGGGAGAUUGUUCAAGCAAUCAUUAUGUCAACAGGCACAGGUGUUUCCCUUCCUUCAUAUGAGGAAGAUCAGGGAUCCAAACUUACUCGAAAAGCUAAAGAGGCACCAUUCGUACCCGUUGGAAUAGCAGGUUUUACAGCAAUUGUUGCAUAUGGAUUAUACAAACUGAAGAGCAGGGGAAAUACUAAAAUGUCCAUUCAUCUGAUCCACAUGCAUGUGGCAGCCCAAGGCUUUGUUGUAGGAGCAAUGACUGUUGGUAUGGGUUAUUCCAUGUAUCGGGAAUUCUGGGCAAAACCUAAGCCUUAGAAGAAGAGAUGCUGCUUUGGUCUCGUUGGAGGAGCUUGCUUUAGUUAGACGUCUCAUUAUUGAAGUUACCUAUUAUUGUUGGAAAUAAACUAAUUUGUAUGGGUUUAGAUGGUAAC